UGUAACGCGAUCUGGAAGAGUUAAGAAAGCCAAAGUCUUCAAGCCUCAAACAAUUUGCAAAUGCUUGAAACAGUUAUGCUCAAUAAAAAUUGAUGUCUUGCGCCAGAAAGAAAUUUUCGAUGCAUUUUAUCUACAUUCUGAUUGGACGCAGAAAACAUUGUUUAUUCGAGGAUCGGUACAAACAAAACCAGUUGCAUCGAAAAAAUCUGCAUUGUUUCCUUUGAUCGCUUCAAAAAAUCGGGACAUAAAUUGCAGUUACCGUUUUGUCGACACCAAUAAAAUAUCGCAAGAAGUCUGUCGUGAUUUUUUUCUUGAAUGUUUACAAGUGCCGGCGUCGAGAGUGUAUGCGGCUAUCAAAUCUACAACGGAAAAUCCGUCGGGAAAAGAAAAUCGUGGAAGAGCUCCACCGAAAAACAAAAUCACAGAACAACAGAGGCAAUGGAUUACGCAAUUUAUUGACCAAAUUCCACAAUAUGAAUCUCAUUACGGCCGUAAACAAUCCGCUCGGAAAUAUUUGAGCCCUACGCUGAAUGUGAUUACACUUUACCGUGAAUUCAAACGUGUGAUGGAAUUUCGCAACAUAAAUGAAGAUGAGAUUCCCAAAGAAAAUAUUUUUCGGUCGAUUUUUAAUACCGAAUACAAUUUAUCGUUUAAAAAACGGCACACCGACACAUGCAAAACUUGCGAUGAAAUGAAGACAAAAUUUCAGAGUAGACUCACGUCAACAGCCCGAAAAAAUGAGCUCGAAAAAGAAAAAGAAAAACAUUUGUCACUCGUCGAACGAACCAAUGCAUCUUUCCGCAAUGAUAUUGAAGCUGCGAUUGAAAGCAAAGGAAAAACAGCGGUCUUAACAUUCGACCUUCAGAAGACACUUGAAACACCAUCUCUCACCACAUCAGUCGUUUUCUACAAACGACAAUUAUGGACGUACAACUUAUGUGUGUACGAUGAAAUUGAAAAGAAAGGUUAUAUGUAUGUUUGGGCCGAGAAUAUAGCAUCACGCGGCGGCCAAGAGGUGGGAUCUUGUCUCAUAAAACAUCUCAACAACCAUAUUUCGAACGAAACAACAAAAAUCAUCUUGAAUUCGGAUUCAUGUCCUGGCCAGAAUCGAAACAUUAAACUGACAUUGUUCCUGAAGAAAUUUUUGUCUGAACAUAGCACUGUUGAAUCGAUUGAGCAAAAAUUCUUCGUCUCAGGCCACAGCUACAAUAGUUGUGAUCGCUGUUUCAGCCUCAUUGAAAAGCGUAAGCGAUUUACUGGUGAUGUUUACACCCCAGAUGAUUGGAUAAAAGUGAUUUCCGAAUCGAAAGUGAGCGAACCAAAGUUUGAAAUAACAAAAAUGCUGCCAGAAGAUUUCAUUUCCUCUGAACAAUUGGAAAAAAUGAUUGUGAACCGAAAGAAAGAUGUGCAAAAAGUAAAAAUUAACUGGAAUCAUUUUCGAAAAAUUCUCUACUUGAAAAAUGAUUUGUUUCAUAUCAUUGUCGAAGAGAAGGACACAUGGAAACAUAUCGACAUACAAAAGAGAGGCAUUGAUGAGACCGAAUUUUGCGAAACUCCAAUGGAAUGUUUGUAUCCGAACGGAAACGAAAUCAACCAAAAAAAGUUUGACGAUUUAAUGGAGCUAUUGAAGUUCAUCCCAAGCAAACAUCAUUCAUUCUACCACAAUUUGAUUCCUGCUCGCGAUGCGAUUGACUUUGGCUUAGCCAGUGAUAGCGAAGAUGAAUCGUAUGACGAUGACGUUAUUAUUGUUGAUGAUGAAUAA